UAUUCAUUAGAAAUCAUUACGCAAUCUCUAUGCAAUUUUACUUAUAACUUCUUAAUCAUAAACAUAUUAGUAAUCAGUUGGCAAUCAUAUCAAUAUAAAUUAUUAUUUUUAAAUAAAAACGCUAAAUAAUAGUCACAAUUUUAUUGUUUAAAUUGUAAUUGUUUAAAUUCAUAUAAACUGACCAAAAAAAUCAUAUUUAGCCAACAGACCGGUACAUAUUAGUUUAUUAUGGACAAUGCAAUGCCCAUGGGAACCUAAGGCCAGAAGUGACCAGGGUUGGAUUGAUAGACAUAACUGGCUCAUCGCACAGACUGUCCAACAUAGAGCUGAUGCACAUAUCAUAUUCGUGGGCGACUCCAUCACCCAGUUCUGGGAGAAUGUGGGACGGGUGACCUGGGACAUAUAUUACGCGCACAGGCAUGCCUACAAUUACGGCAUAGGAGGGGACAGGACUGAGAACAUGAUCUACAGAAUAAGAAAUAAGGAGUUCGACGGACUCCACCCUAAAGUGGCUGUCCUUAUGAUCGGCACUAAUAAUAUCGGUUGGAAUAACACCGUCGAGGAUACUGUUCGUGGAGUAAAGCAAGUGUUGACUGAAUUGACUGCCAAACUGCCCGACACUAAAGUCAUACUCACCUCAAAUCUGAUCCGACCUGAACCUCAGGGCUCUAAAUGCAAACAAGUGACUGAACUUAUCCAGCAUUUUGCCGAUAAUAAGACCGUCUUCUAUGAGGACUUGUGGACUCCGUAUGUGUUUCCAAACGGCACACAAAAGUUUGAGCUCUUUGUCGAUGGACUACACCUCAGUCCGAAAGGUUAUGAGGUGUGGCAAAAGACUAUGGAACCUCUGCUUAACAAAUUAAGUCCAACCCUUUAAUUAAAUGUUUAUUUUGAUUGUAAAUAUUUAAAAUUGUUAAUUUGUAAUAAUGCAAAAUAAAUAAUUAUUUUUCACAUUCAAUG